AUGUCUGGCACGCCAGUGUGCAUUGCAGAUUUUGAGGAGUAUGCUAGAAGCUUCCUGCCCAAGUCUGUGUUCGAUUAUUACCAAUCUGGGGCGGAUGACCAGGAAACCCUGGCAGAGAAUGUGGCAGCGUUCUCCAGGUGGAAGCUGUACCCGCGGGUGCUCAGGGACGUGUCAGUGAUGGACCUGUCCACCUGUGUGCUGGGGCACAGGGUCACCGUGCCCGUGUGCGUGGCCGCCACCGCGAUGCAGCGCAUGGCUCACCCGCUCGGAGAGACGGCGACAGCCCGAGCCUGCCAGGCCGUGGGCACGGGGAUGAUGCUGAGCUCCUGGGCCACGUCGUCGCUGGAGGAGGUGGCGGCGGCGGCGCCGGCCGGGCUGCGCUGGCUGCAGCUGUACGCGUACAAGGAGCGGCGGGUGACGGCGGCGCUGGUGCGGCGCGCCGAGAGCGCCGGCUACCGCGGCAUCUUCCUCACCGUGGACACGCCGUACCUCGGCCGCCGCCGCGCCGACGUGCGCAACCGCUUCCGGCUGCCCCCGCACCUCAGCCUGAAGAACUUCUCGAGCAGCGAGCUGGCCUUUUCCUCAGGGAAGGACUUUGGAGAGGACAGCGGGCUGGCUGUGUACGUCGCCGAGGCCAUCGAUGCCACCGUCAGCUGGGAGGACGUCAAGUGGCUGCGGGGGCUGACCUCGCUGCCCAUCGUGCUGAAGGGGAUCCUCAGGGCUGAUGAUGCCAAAGAAGCUGUAAAGCUUGGGGUAAACGGGAUCCUGGUGUCAAAUCAUGGAGCACGACAGCUUGAUGGGGUCCCUGCUACUAUUGAUGUCUUGCCUGAAAUCGUGGAGGCUGUGGAGGGGAAGGUGGAGGUGUUCCUGGAUGGAGGUGUGAGAAAAGGCACGGACGUUCUCAAGGCCCUGGCUCUUGGUGCCAAAGCUGUUUUCGUUGGGAGACCUGUCCUCUGGGGACUGGCUUAUCAGGGUGAAGAAGGAGCAAAAGAAGUUCUCCAGAUGCUGAAGGAAGAGUUUCGCCUGGCAAUGGCACUGACAGGAUGCCGGAGAGUAGAAGAGAUUGACAGGACACUGAUCCGAAGACAUCAAGUAUUGUUUUCCAAGAUUUAGGUCUGAAGACUCUUGCCUUGUGCAUUGCCUGUUGUGCUUCCAGACAAAAUUCAACUGCAUUCCUUCUGUGGGCCUCCUCCUGCAAUCCUGACUGAGGAGCUCUGCUCUGUAGGAAAUCACUUGCUGAAGAAAGAACUCAAAGCAAAUUUUACAGGUGCUUCCAAAUCUCUCAGGCUCUUAAGGAAAGCUGCUGCACUGGGAGGUGUGAUUAGAGAUGGGCCUUUAUACAAGACCAGCACAGAAAUUUCAAGGUGUUUUGCAACAAAUGCAAUGAUAAUUAAUUUCCUUGUCUGGGAGUAAUUUAGCUGUUAUAGUGAAACUAUAAACAGAAAUGCUGAAAUUUAAAAUGCAAAAGAUGCUUCUUGCUCACUGUUUAAAGAAACUAGACUGUAGAUUGUAGAGAUUAAAUCUUGCUUUCCUAUGAACAGA